UGUGGUUUAAUUUCGCCAUCUAUGGUGUAACCUUGAAACAUGGCGUCCAACAGGCUGAGUUUGCUUGCCAGAUCUUUCAGCACUUCAGUUACCCUCAAAAGCAAACUAGUGGCUAGUCCCAUUGGUGUUUACGGCAUAGAAGGGAGAUAUGCGCAUGCACUGUACUCUGCUGCCACCAAGCAAAACAAACUGGAUGCUGUUGAGAAGGAGUUGAAGGAUUUUCAGGCUCUUUUGAAAACUGAUGUUAAAUUGAAUGAAUUUGUGCUUAACCCAACUGUAAGGAAAUUUGAUAAGAAAGAUGUCUUGGUGAAUGUCAUGAAGAAGAAGAAUUACUCACCUCUUACCACAAAUCUCUUCGUUGCACUGGCAGACAAUGGUCGCUUUAAGAUUCUCCCCGCUCUGUUUGCCACCUACGCCAAGAUCAUGAGUGCCCAUCGUGGUGAGGUCGUCUGCACUGUUACUACUGCAAAGGCAUUAGAGGCAGCUCACUUGAAAGAUUUGAAGACAGCACUCGAUUCAUUUGUCGAGAAGGGUCAGGUCAUUCAGCUGGAAACUAAGGUCGAUCCUAGCAUCAUUGGAGGCAUGGUUGUCAACAUUGGAGACAAGUACAUUGACAUGUCAAUGUCCACCAAGAUUAAAACGUACACUGAAUUGAUCAAACAAGCUGCCUAAUCGGAAAAUAUUAGGAGAUUAUUUGAUGAUAAUAAAGAAUUGUUAUUUAUGUAAUUAAAUAUGUUGAAAAAUGUACAUGAAUGCUUCAGUCUUUUCUUUUAUAAAUAAAAGAAACGAAUUAUGAUUU